AUGGCACUUGGAAAAUUGGUAACUGAGCCCCUUACGAAUUUUAAAAAGCUUAAGGGUAAGGAAGGAGAUUUGGAAGUCCAUGCAAGACUAGUUUAUCACCAAGAGAGUGUAACCGAAGGAAAAGCAUUUUUAAAAACCUACCAUUCCCCUGACAAUGAAAUUGUCAAUCAAAUAAAUUCACAUCGUCUUCAGAAGGUGAAGGAGAACCAAGAGCGAAUUCGUCCUAUCAUUGAGUCCAUUAAAUUCUUGAGUAGACAAAAUAUACCUCUACGUGGCCACCGAGAUGAUGGUGCAUUAAUGGAUGAUUCCACACCGGACGUGAAUGAAGGGAACUUUCGGGAAUUGCUGAGAUACCGCGUUGCAUCUGGAGACAAAAUGUUAGAGAAGCUCCUUACUGCAUCUUCACGUGCUACAUACAUUUCAAAAUCCACACAAAAUGAUUUAAUCAAGUGUUGUGGUGAUGAAAUCUGCACAAUUAUUGUUGGUAGAAUUAAAGAGGCUUGCUAUUUUAGUGUAAUAUUUGAUGAAACUACAGAUAUUUCACAUAUAGAACAGCUUUCAAUUAACUUUAGAUAUGUCUACAAUGGAUCUAUUCGUGAAGAUUUUAUAAAAUUCGUAGAUGCCUAUGAAUUUGCAACUCAGAGUGAGUCCGGAUUGGAUAGUUCAGAUUCAAAACUAAGGCUUACAGGACAGGUUUUAGGCCAGAUGGUAAUCCAACUUAUCAAAGAUCCUUCCCUGGAUAUCACUCAUUGUGUUGGCAUUGGAACAGACAGUUGCAGUGUUAUGUCUUCAGAGGUGGCUGGCGCUGUUUCAGAAAUUAUUAAAGCAGCACCCAACAGUUGCAGAUGUCCUUGUUACAACUAUUCUCUGAACAAUCCCAUUUCAAAGUCCUCACAAGUUUCAGCAGUUCGCAAUGCAGUAGCAGUGGUCAAAUCAACAAUUUCAUUUUUCAACCAGUCAGCAAAGCGAAAUUUUGUUUUAAAGCAGGAGUUAGGCUCUCAACUGACCAGUCUUUGUGAAACUAGAUGGGUAGAGCGCCAUGAUUCUCUUAUAAGAUUUCCAGAUGGACUAGUUAAAGUGGUGAGUGCACUAUCAGCAAUAUCUCAAUGGAAAUGCUCAAGCUCUAGUUCAUCAGCCUCUACCCUCAUCCAUUCUUUGUGCAGGGCAGAAUUUAUCUUUUCCUUAAUUUCACUUAUCAAUGUUCUGAAAGUAACACUUCCUCUGAGUCGUUUUCUUCAAUCUCCAACACUUGAUUUGACAAGCGCAUCUGAAUGUCUAAAUGUCACCAUGACAACCCUGGAGAAUAUGCGAUGUAACGCUGAUCAUACUUUUUCCACUUUGUAUAUGGAGGCUACAGAAUUGGCCUCAGAUCUUGGAGUGGAACUAAAAUUGCCACGUCUUGUAGAAAGACAAGUGCACAGAUCAAAUUACAAUGCAGGAUCAACUGAAGAAUUCUACAGGAAAUCUUUGUAUAUUCCUUUGCUGGAUAACAUUAUUAACGAUUUAAAAGCUUGUUUGCCAGAAAACUCGAUGCAGUGUUUCCAGAUUCAAAUAUUGAUGCCACCCGUACUUGUAAAAAACAAAAUGGAAACCAUGGAUCCUGUUGCUGUCCACUCUUUAUCAAGCAGUUUCCACCCUCUUCUAGCUGAUGGUAGCCUGAGGAUAGUGGAGACAUUACUUCAGGGAGAAAUUUGUCUCUGGCUCACAAAGUGGAAAAGGGAGUUAUCCCAAAACAAUGAAAUUCCACAAACAGUCCUUGAAGUUUUAGAUGUGUGCGACAAGGACCUCUUUCCAACCAUCAGAAGUUUACUUCUGAUCUUAGCAACUCUACCUGUAAGUGUGGCCUCUGCAGAGAGAUCAUUCUCAACCCUCCGUCGUGUUAAAACAUGGCUUCGGUCACGAAUGUCAGAGGAAAGAUUAAAUGGAUUGAGUUUGCUUUACAUUCAUAGAGAUGUUCCUGUGAAUACUGACCGAAUAAUUGAGCUGUUUGCAAAGCAAGGAAAAUGCAGAAUUGAGCUAAUUCUGUAA